CAUAUAAGUAUAUAAUAUUACUGAAAGUAUUUUUGUAGGAAGUAUAAAAGUUGUGAUAAUUCCGACGGCGCGUGAAUGCAACGAUUCCUUGGCUCCAGUCUCUUGACUGAGAAGACGCGCAUACGGACAAACCUGAGAGUUCAACAUGGACAACGGGAUGAGAAACUCCGCGUUAACAUACUCAAAUAGAUAACUUUGCGUCGUCUGCGUGUAUCCCCAUCUAAUUACACUACUAUUUAGUAUCAUUUUAUUUUUGUUAUUGUUGAAUAAGUAUUUCGCGUUUGUUUGUUUUUGUUUUUUUUACACAAACUGCGAUAAAAUUCCUGAAUUUAUUUCGGGCCCUUUGCACAUUUUGAGACUGAAGUUGGAGGAACGAUGGCCACCAGAAAGAUGCUUCAUCUCUGCACAGGUCUGGUCCUUGUUCUCCAGUUUCAAACAAGUCUCACGAAGCUAAAAUCUGCUCAUGACCGAGCUGACGCCUACCCUGAGGAACAUUCAUACGGGGUCGCAGAGAACCACAGGUCCAGAGAGACGAGAUGGAAAUCUGGGCCCAGGUCCGGAGCCCCCGGCUGGGCAACAUAUAAGAGGGGCCACUACAGAGACCAGCACCAGCCAGAGGAGUCAGAUCCUGACCUGCUGAUGGAAGAGGGACAUGAUAACGCCACGCAAAUUGUAGACAUUGAUCACGCCUACUACACGUCUAAAAUCCACGGCCCCGGGGACGUGGCUGGUAAAGAGCUGUGGGUCAGCGUCGGUGAUAUGGGGGAGGACGCGUGGAAAGGCCGUGGCUUCCUGUCCAGCGCACACAGACAAGCUGAGAGAGUCAGUCUUUCCUUCGACUUUCCCUUCUAUGGUCAUUUACUAAAAGAAAUCACACUUACAACUGGAGGUUUCAUUUACACUGGAGAUAAAAUCCACCGGAUGCUCACAGCCACUCAGUACAUCGCCCCUCUGAUGGCAAACUUUGACCCCAGCUUGUCCAAAAACUCUACCGUGUUUUACUUCGACAACGGUACUGCGCUGGUGGUCCAGUGGAACCGCGUCCACCUCCACAACACCAGCGUGGGGUCGUUCACCUUCCAGGCCGUUCUGCACAGCGACGGACGGAUUGUUUUUGCCUACAAAGAGAUCCCCGUCGACGUCAGCGACAUCAGCGCAGAGAAUCAUCCUGUCAAAGUGGGUUUGUCAGAUGCUUUUGUGGUGCUUCAUAAGAUAGAGCAGAUUCCCAAUGCCCGUCGGAAAACCAUCUAUGAGUAUCACAAAGUCGACAUCCUCAAGUCGAAAAUCUCCAAUUCUACAGCCGUGGAGAUGCUUCCUCUCCCGACGUGUCUGCAGUUCUCCAGCUGUGGCCCAUGUGUCACUUCUCAGAUCGGCUUUAACUGCAGCUGGUGCAGUCGGCUACAAAGAUGCUCCAGUGGCUUUGACCGGAACCGGCAGGACUGGGUUGACCUCGGCUGCCCAGAAGAGAGACGGGAUCCCAGAUGUCUGCGGACAACAGACGUCACAAACACCUCGUCACGCCACCUGACACACACAACCACUCCUGUUAUAUCAACCGCAGAGCAGCACAACACCUCAGACGUGACCUCCACCCCCCUCAGCAAGACGUCCACCGUCACUAAACCCUCAACCAACAGCAGAAGAACAGCAGCAAGUCAAGAGACUCCAACCAACAAGUCUGCAGACGGUGAUGCAGAGGUCUCUUUUCACAUCAGCGAAGCACCGGAAGACGGGGGCAACACGGGGGAGAGCGACGAGCGGCUGCAAAUUGGCCUCCUGGUGGGCAUCGUCACGGUGAUGGUCGUCAUGGCAGCAGCCGUCUUCGUGUCCGUCUACAUGUACAAUCACCCAACCUCUGACAUCAGCCUCUUCUUCAUAGAGCGACGCCCGACCCGCUGGCCGAUCAUGAAGUUCAGACGGGGCUCCGGUCGGCCUUCGUACGCCGAGGUGGAGGCUCCUGGUCAGGACAAAGAUGGCACGCUGGUCAUCGACCCCAAACAGUCUUUCGUGAUGUCAGACAGAAGAGAGAGCGAACAGAAGGAAGGAUUCAUAGUUCCCGAUCAGAGGGAGCGCUUCCUAGUCUCAGAGAGCUCCUGACCA